UACACCGCCAAGAUCUCAACUUUCCCUCAGCUCCGCAUAUUCGCCCCCAAUCUUUUCCAUCACUUUCACUCCUCUCUCUGCAAUGUUUCGCGCCUUCCGUGGCUUCUCUUGGAUGCUCCUCGUUCUGGGUUAGGGUUUCGCUGCGCUAAGUUUCUUUAUUAGGUUGUCAGAGAUUUUUAGAGUCUAGAUAAGAUGGAUGAAGAGUUUAGGGUUGAGGAUGGUAAAGUUGAAGAUGGUGGAGUUGGGGAAAAGGUUGAAGAUGAGGGUGGUGUGAAUGAGGUUAAAGAGUUUGAAGAUGGAGCUGAAAAGUCUUUGGGUGAAGAAUUUGGAGAUGACGAGUGUGGAGAUUAUGAGUUUUGUGUGGGGGAUAUUGUGUGGGUUGAGACCAAGAUAAAGACGUGGUGGCCGGGUAGGAUUCAUGAUCCGGCAGAUGCGUCGGAGUAUGGGAUGGUUGGUGACCAAGAAGGCUGUCUGUUAGCUGGCUACUUUGGGAUGGGGCAUGUCUCUUGGUGCCGCCGGCAGCAACUGAAGCCUUUUGCGCUGUUCUACGAGCGGGUUUCAGGGCAAAGCAAGGCUAGGAUUUUCGUUAGAGCUGUGGAGAAGGCUCUUGAAGAGUUUGGUGGCCGUGUGAAGUUGAGUAUGAGUUGUGCCUGUGUUUUGAAAGGGAAUCGAGUGGCGGUUGAUGAUGCAGCAUCUAAGGAAGGAGUUUUGGUGCCCCAGCGGAAUUCUAGUGAACUUGGUGAAUUUUCAGUUACUCAGUUUGAUUGCGUGGAGUUCCUUGCACAUCUGAGAAAUCUUGCGCAGGUUGUUCGCAGAGUUGGCAGAGUUGAUUUUGUAGUUACGCAGAGUCGAUUACAUGCCUUCUAUAGCUUUACAGGGCACGACCUGCUGCCUAUGCAUCUACUUCAGGAAGGAGAUGAAGCUGAAAGUGGUGCAGGUGGAACCUUGCCGAAGCAAGCAGAGGAGAAUGUAUUACAUCAAGAAAAUAAUGACGAGACUGAAGCUUUUGGAAAGGUUUUUGAUGUGGGCAGUGCCAAUAAACUUUCCAUCUCAAGGUCGAAGGUCAGGAAGAGAAAGAUGAAGAAGGAAUCUAAAAUGGAAGAGACUAGCCAGCCAGAACAGAGAAAUGCUGCCAGUGCAGGAAAUGGUGAUGGCUGGAGUGAAGAAAUGAUUGAAAUAGGCCUCGAGUCUAGAGAGCGGAAAAGGAGUAGGUACUUAUCUUAUCCAUAUGUAAACCUGGGGCAAAAAGGAUCAUCUGUGGAAGGAAUGGCUGCAGCCUUUGAUGGUGGACCUCUAACUUUCAAAAGCACGGGCGAGAAGUUCUGGAGGAAAUGGUAUAUGAGGUUUACCGGUGCGAGUAACAUAUCUGGUAGUUCAAAUUUGAAAAAUCCAUCUACUGCCGAGUUGCUUUCUGAGUUCUGCUCUGCUGCCAUAAACUGCCAGUAUCCAUUUGAAAAUAAAGCAUUUGAUUCAGUUGCUUGGUUCAUCUCUAACUUCAGGAUAUCAGUAUAUCAUGAUGAGCCUCUCUGUGAAACCUAUAGUAACUGCAUGGCUGGUCAGGAUGAGGAUAAAGAUUCUGAACCUUGCCUGUCGGAAAAUGGUGACCAGUAUGAGGGUAAAUCUGAGCCAAAGAAAAGAAAGAGAAAGGCUGUUUCAAAGAUUGCAGAGGGUGAAGGUGCUGCCAGCACAUUAAGUUUAGUUCAAAUCCCUGCGACUGCUGUACAGGGUGUGAAUGGAAACCCUGGCAAGAAAAGAGGACGGCCAAAGGGGAGAUCCAAGACUAAAUCUCUUUCUGGGAUAUCAGAUGUCAAUACCAGCAUAGCCCCUAGUGGCCAAAUGGUACAAGGUUCUUUAGCUGUUGGCCCUGUCAUGCCACGUGAUAAGCCCACACGAAAAAGAAGAAAUAAGGCGGAUGGAGCAGGUCUAGUGAGUUUGCAGACUACACAAACAAUUGGUAUUCCUGAUCUGAAUGGUAACACUGUUAUACCUAGUGUUCUGGUUAAUGAUGAACGGACUAUUGGCCAUGGGGGAUUGGGGACUGAAGCUGCUUCAGAGCAUUCAAAAUCCAAUAUGGCUCCUGGCUUAGUAGAUGUCAAUGGGAACAAUUGGAAACCUGGUACUUUGGUUGUAGAUCUGGGGAUUCCUGCUCAGGGUUUUCCUAACCAGGUUACCAGCCUUCUCUCAGCUGAAAGUAAACCUGCCCCAAAGAAAAGAAAUAAGAAGGAGAAAGUAGAUCCAGGGGUUCCUGUUCAAGCUGAUGGUAUUCCAGAUUUGAAUGGAAUUGGUGCUGAAUGCCUUGCACCUCCAAGUAAACCCGAGCGGAAGAAAAGGAAGAAAAAAGGAGAAGCUCUAGCAACUGCUCUCCUCUUGACCUUUGCCCCAGGAGUCCCUAUGCCUUCAAAAGAUGAUUUAAUUUCAACAUUUUGUAGGUUUGGACCCUUGAAAGAAUCGGAGACACUGUUGUUAAAAGAUUCUAGUAGUGCUCAGGUUGUAUUCAUGGAAGGGGCUGAUGCUGGAGAAGCUUUUCUGAGUUUGGUGAAGGACAACCCAUUUGGAACAAACCUUGUUGGUUACAAGCGCUUUAAUCUCCCGUCAGUUUCCAAGGUUUUAGCCACAUCCUAGCCUCUUUAUUUAAGAAGAGAUUGCUGACUCCUGAACAAUAGCCUACCUGACGUCAUAAGGCAGAAUCUUCCAUCAAUGACGUCAAUGCUUGAGAGGUCGGGUGAUAAUCAUUCCAGAGCAAAACUGGAGUGCAGAAUAAAAGGCCUCCUACAGAAGGUGAGCUCCACAGAUGAUUCUUCCUCUGCUUACUUAGAUUAGGUUAUGUACAUCGUAUGAAGGUUGUAGUGAGACCUUUUAGGGCAGGCUCCAUGAGUGAUAUUGAUGUUAAAAAUCCUCUUUGACAGUUUGAUGAGAGGGCAUCAGUAUUGACUCAUUUGCAUUUGAUGUAUAUCUUCUUUAGACUGGGAAAUGAUCUUAACUGUGUAUUGUGGAACCUCUUUGCAACUUUUUCAGCUGUUCAUGUAUCUCUAUUAAUGUAGCUUUUUUGUAUGUACCUUUCUUUUGUAUGU